AAGUUAUUCUUCCUUCUUGAGUUGUGUGUAGCAAAGAUCACGGCAGAGACAACGUAGUACCAAUUAUCUUCAAAGAAACAAACAAAAUGCCGAUGCAUCACGAAAACUUCCUGGAUGAGGCACUGAAGCGCGGCUAUAUCAAGGAGAAAUCGAAUCCUGCAAAUCCAACCCACAUCUGCGUUUCCAAAUUUUUUCCGGGUGGUUUAGGAGAAGUAGUAGUGAACUAUUGGGGAUCCACCGGAACCAUUCGCACACAACUCACGCAUCCAAAACAUACCAAGGAGACCUUUUGGAACAAAGACUGUGAAAGAAAGGGCCUCUCGGAUGAGCAGAUUUUAGGGGUUUUGGAUAACCCGCGCAUGCACACGGGAAUCGGCGAUGUCCAUCGUAAGCCUAAGCCGCAAAUGCUCAACGCGAGUGAACCUGAUGCAUUAAGGGGAGCGUGAAUUUAGAUGGGUAUAUGGGAAGAAAUAUCUGUACAAAAAGAACUAUGCGCGUUGAAGAAUAGACACGUGAGAGGGAUGAUUGGGUUGAAAAUCGCAGGAGUGAAGUUGGUUCACUUCUCUUGCAAAGUUUGUCGUGUGUGUGUGUCGAUUUUCCAAGAAAUUCGAGGGCGUUGCCGUUUGUAUUUCAAUUGGGAAUCGGGGCGUAACGCGCCUCUUUCUAAUACCGUCCACGACAAGAUGUAGCACUUUUCAAAUUUGCAUUCUCUGUUGCUUGCAGCGAGCGGCAGAAAAGCCAGAUGUGUAUGGUCUCACAUAUGUAGGCUGUUUGCAGGGGUCCGCUGUGUCUCCUCCUCUGGCAGUAUCACAUGGCGCGUGCGAAUUGAUUCUGUGACUUAGAUGAAACUCGCCAAGUUCUUUCGGCAACUGGAGUCAGACGAUCAUGUUUUUUCACUAUCUACAUUUCUCAUCACAACAUCAAGGAAGCAGACGAAAUGAAUACUAACGACAUAUUUAUAAGCAAUAGAUGGCAAUCGUAAUGAAUUGAGUCGGUGUCAGCUGCUCCGUUGUUGUCUAUAGCAUACUCAUUAUUGUACCCUUUUGAGUCAAGCAUAUGUAAACUCAAACAUAAAUUCAUCUUCUGACAUUUCUCAAGAUCGCUGUCGUGCACAACAAGACAUAAUUUUCUUUUUUUUUCUUCAUCGAUGUUGUUUCUCCUUACAUUCAGAGGGACAGCUAAGUAACAGAUCAGAUAACGAUGGCGUAUCAGGAUCAAGCACCCGAUGCUCCGCCUCAACCUGCUGAGGCGGUGUUGCCCAUUUCUAAGCUCGAGGUGAUUCUACAGGACGGAUACAGUGAAG